AAUCAAACCGGUGAAAGUCAUUCGGUGAAGUAGAUCGAAGAAGUUAGGCAGACACGAUGAUGCACUACGCGAUUGUUCUUGGACUAGUCUCCUGUCUCAGUGCUGUUAGUGCUGGAGUCCUACCCCUCCCUGCCAAUAAAAUCGUGGGUGGCAAUGUUAUAAGCAUUGAAGAGAUUGGCUACCAAGUGUCUCUUAACUUCUACGGUGCCCAUCGCUGUGGUGGUUCUAUUCUGAGCAACAAAUUCAUCCUGACUGCUGCUCACUGCACACCCUCUGAAACCGAUGGCCGUGAGGAAUUCUUUACGGUUCGUGCAGGAUCCAACUACAGCGAAACUGAAGGACAAGUUCUUCAAGUCGAGAAAAUCCACCGUCAUGAACUCUACGAUCCCGAAUCCAUCGACUAUGACUUUAGCAUCGUUGAACUCAAGGACGAUAUUGUAUUUAGUUAUGCAAGCCGCCCAAUCCAUCUUCCCCGAGCUGACGACGACAUUGAAAAUGGUGCCAUCUUGAGGAUUUCAGGAUGGGGAGCUACCAAAAAUACUUCAGAGUCUAGCUACCAUGUCCGUGCUGUUGACAUUCCAAAAGUCGAUCAAAGUGAAUGUAUUACGAGUUAUGAGACACACGGAGCCAUCACUGACAGGAUGUUCUGCGCAGGAUAUCCAGAAGGAGGCAAAGAUUCUUGCCAGGGUGAUUCUGGUGGUCCAGUUGUGAAAAAUGGUUUCUAUGGACAGGUCCUCGUCGGAGUGGUGUCUUGGGGAAAAGGUUGUGCACUUCCAGGUUACCCAGGAGUCUAUUCUAAAGUUUCAUCGGUACGCGAUUGGAUUCAUAGUGUAACUGAUCUUUGAAUCCUUCGUGUUCAAUCUUUAGUGUAGUCUCCCGAACGAAAUUCCAAGUGAAAUAAAUUGGUUUUCAAAAAAAAAA